AUGGCCAUGACCGUGCUGCCCAGCUUCCAGACCUUCCUGCAGAACUCGGCCACGCCGCAGCCGCCGUCGCCGCUGCUGAGCGGCGAGCAGCGCCCGCAGAGUCCGCCCUACGGCUGGCACCAGGCCAGCAGCGCCACCGGCAUGCAGCUACCCUACAACAGCAACUUCAUCUACAACAACAACAACAGCACCAGCUACUACAGCUACCGCCAGAGCUACUCGCCCGUGUCCACCACCUCGGGCUCCGAGACCGAGGACGAGGACAUGGCUUCGAGCCGCCGCUCGGGCUGCAAGCGCCCGCUGACCAGCGUGGGCCUCUCGUCGGCACCGCUGUCCCCGUCCACCGCCUGCGGCACGGCCGGCAAGCGCGUCAAGAAGAAAUACCUCAAGGAGCGCGAGCGCUGCGAGAUCGUGCGUCGCGUGCGCGCCGGCGAGAAGCAGGCCCACCUCGCCAAGGAGUUCGGCGUCUCGCGCGCCGCCGUGUGCUAUCUGCUCAAGCACCAGAUAGAGAUCAUGCGCCGCUCGUCGCAGCGCCUCUGA